CGUUGCGCGCUACCGACGGGCGACCCCGCGAGAGUAUUCUAGGCCGCUCGUGUGAUCAAACAGAUCUACAUCGUUCCCGGGAACAUCAUCGAGAUUAGAGGUGGGCUCUCAACUUUAUUCCAAUGGCGGACGGGGGUCCUUUGAAUCUGUAUUGAGGUGCCGAUCGCCGCAUUCACACCCGAAGAAGUGGAGACUCUCAGCAGGAAGAUCUUGUUCAAGGCUGUGUGAGAUCGGAGCACCAUCCACUGCUUUAUAAUCUUGGGCUAGGUGAUCAGGCAGGAGUGCUUCUCUGACAGCAAGUGGAAACCCAGGUGUGGCUGGGGCUCAGCAAGCGCAGGGCCAGUCGAGGCGUUUCACCACCAUGGAUGUUGAUGAGGAGGAGAACAUGAAAGAAUACAUCAUAAAACGUCAUGACAGUUCAUGCAGCACCGACGUAAAGGAAAACCGCAACCUGGACAACGUCUCUUCUAAGGAGGGAGCUGGCCUGGUGGAGCAGCUCCCCAACGGUAGUGGAGGAGGGGGUCGCAAGCGCCCCCUGGAGGAGGGCAACAAUGGCCAUGCGCACUCGAAAUUCAGACCCAAGAAACGUAAGAAAACACCAGGGCCGGUUCUGCCCAAGAACGCCCUGAUGCAACUAAACGAGAUCAAACCAGGCUUGCAGUACAAGCUUCUCUCGCAGACCGGCCCGGUCCAUGCACCGGUUUUCGUCAUGACCGUUGAGGUUAACGGGCAGUUGUUUGAAGGCUCAGGGCCUACAAAGAAAAAGGCCAAGCUGAAUGCCGCUGAAAAGGCCCUGCGUUCCUUUGUUCAGUUUCCUAACGCGUCUGAGGCGCACCUGGCCAUGGGCCGUACACUCACCGUCAACACGGAUUUCACCUCUGACCAGGCUGACUUCCCUGACAUGCUCUUCAACGGGUUUGAGACGCCGGCACCGCCCGAGGAAUCAUUUUUUCUGGGCUCCAACGGCAACGGCUCCUUAAACCCGCUGGGAGAGUAUCCCGUGCCCCAGGCGCCAGGUAUGAACAGCCUUGUGCAGGCGCCCCUGCAGCCACCCUCCUCCUUCACCUCCUCGACCAGCGGCAAGAACCCCGUCAUGAUUCUCAACGAGCUGCGCCCAGGCCUCAAAUAUGAGUUUGUGUCGGAGAGCGGGGAAAGCCAUGCUAAGAACUUUGUGAUGUCCGUGACUGUGGACUCGCAGACGUUUGAGGGCUCGGGCCGAAAUAAGAAACUCGCUAAAGCACGGGCUGCCCAGGCGGCUCUGUCAGCGCUCUUCAACAUGCAACUGGACCAGACCCCGUCACGCCAACCCAUCCCCAGAGAGGGCCUACAGCUGCACCUGCCACAGGUUCUUGCAGAUGCCGUUUCUCGUCUGGUAGUGGACAAAUUCAGCGAGCUCACUGACAACUUCACGUCUCCACACGCACGGCGGAAAGUUCUGGCGGGUGUUGUCAUGACAACAGGCACUGAUGUCAAGGACGCUCAGGUCAUCUGCGUCUCCACGGGAACCAAGUGUAUAAACGGCGAGUAUAUGAGCGACCGUGGCCUGGCGCUCAACGAUUGUCACGCUGAAAUCAUUGCUCGUCGCUCCCUGAUCAGGUAUCUCUACAUGCAGCUGGAGCAUUUCUUAAGCAACAAUAAAGAGGAGCACCAAAAGUCCAUAUUCACGCAGUGUGACAAACGUGGCUUCCGGCUGAAAGACAACGUCCAGUUUCAUCUUUACAUCAGCACGUCGCCCUGUGGAGACGCUCGGAUCUUCUCUCCUCAUGAGGCGGGCGUAGAGGACCAGGGAGACAGACACCCCAACAGGAAGGCAAGGGGUCAACUGAGAACCAAGAUCGAGUCUGGAGAGGGAACCAUCCCGGUGCGCUCUAGUAACACCAUACAGACAUGGGACGGAGUUCUACAGGGGGAGCGGCUGCUUACGAUGUCAUGCAGUGACAAAAUCGCAAGGUGGAAUGUGGUGGGCAUCCAGGGCUCUCUGAUGAGCUACUUCACUGAGCCCAUCUACUUCUCCAGCAUCAUCCUGGGCAGCCUGUAUCACGCUGAUCAUCUCUCCAGAGCCAUGUACCAGCGGAUCGCUGACAUCGAAGACCUGCCCCAGCAAUUCUCCCUCAACCGCCCCCUGCUCAGCGGAAUCAGUAAUGCUGAGGCCCGGCAGCCAGGAAAGGCCCCCAACUUCAGUGUGAACUGGACAGUGGGAGAUCAGGCUCUAGAAGUCAUUAACGCCACCACAGGCAAGGAUGACAUGGGCAGACCCUCACGUCUCUGUAAGCAUGCCCUAUACAGCCGCUGGGUGCCACUACACACUAAGCUCUCGUCAACUCUGCGAAUCAAAGUGCCCAAGCCCAGCUCCUACCACGAAGCCAAACAAGCAGCGGUGGAGUAUCACACGGCGAAGCAAACGCUCAUCAAGGCCUUUCACAAAGCGGGCCUGGGUGCCUGGGUGAAAAAGCCCAUAGAACAGGACCAGUUCUCACUGAACUCUUGAAGAGGGGACAUAAAAAGACCAGGACAUGACAACAACCAGCUGUUAAUACUUCACUUGAUGUGCGGGGGUGUGUGUGUGUUUGUGUGUGUGAUGCUGUUUGUUCUCAGACAAACUAAGAGCCCUUUAGUGUCUGUCAUUUUGCUCUCUUUGUGUGAAUCAUGACUUUGCCUUUUUAAUUUGUAAUGUAGAAGCAGGUUGUCAUUUAACGUAUGUUUGUUUUGAAGUUAGCGGCAUUAGCCUUCAGCAGAUAACAGGAUGUAAUGUCAUUUGUAACUGGAAAAAUGUUCUUUUUAGUUUUUCAAACUAUUUUCAUGACAGAGGGUUGCUCUGACAAAACCUCGAUGCCGUAAACAUGCACGUUACGUGGCUUCAGGUCGACCACACAGCUGUGCGCACGGGUCUGAAGGUUUCCUGGUCCAGCCUACCCAAAUGCUGGCUCACCUUUUUUGAGCAUGGUUCUCCUCGAUAUGCAAAACAUAUGCAUAUUUAUAUUUUUUAUUCCGUUCCCUCCGGAUUUUAAAAGGGGAAGAAAUUCACGUAGAUCAUAACUGUACAGCAUGGUCCCUUUAGAUAGACACACUUUUGUCAGGACUUUAGCGUAGAAUUAGCGUACGCCGUCUUUCUAGUCGGAAUAGAUUUCAGAUUUUAAUUUGACCUCAGAGGGAAACUUGAAUUUUUGCAUAUGGUUCCUUGAGAGCUUGGAAACGAAAGCUGGAACUGGAAAAUGGAGUAGUCUUAUGGAUGCAACCAAAGUGCAUUGAUGUUGUUAAACAAUGUGUCGUGGCUAUUUAAAUUUCUCAGAGGUCUUAAAUGCAUGUAUGAAUUACGCAAGGCUCUGGCCUCGCUCAAAGAAGCCCUUUAUCUGGGCUAAAUACUUUAUUGGCCUGUAAUGGACCAUUUUAGAAGCCCUACUUUUCCUUUUUAUGUUUUUACACUGUAUUGACUUUAAGCUGCAUGGAGUCCGUCGGAUCACUCAGACGGCAGAUUUCCCACACUCAAAAAAAAAAAAAAAUGCUGGGUUAAAAAUAACCCAAGUUGGGUUGAAAAUGGACAAACCCAGCGAUUGGGUUAAAUGUUUGCCCAAUGUGCUGGGCAGUUUUAUUUAACUCAACUAUUGUUUAAAAAUUACUAUAUUGAUGGCUUAAAAUUAAAUUAAAAAUCAGACACAUAAUUACUAGAGGCAACAAUAAUAAUCAAAAGGUGAACAUUUAUUAAAUUGCUUAUUAAUAAAUGUUUAUCGUUUAAUUAUUGUUCAAUAAACUUAUUAAUAAAUGCUCAUAUUUUUAAACAUUAAUAAAUGUUAGUUUCCAACAUAUUUUGGGUUCACUUUAAGCAAGCAAUACAGUAAUUUUUAAACAAUAGUUGAGUUAAAUAGCAAACAUUUAACCCAACUUCUGGAUUAAAACAACCCAAUCGCUGGGUUUGUCCAUUUUCAACCCAACUUGGGUUGUUUUUAACCUAGCAUUUUUAAGAGUGCGGCGAGCCUGAUCUGCUAAUGUGAUCGAGUUACACUUAUGUUAAAGGAACAGUUCAUCUAAAUAUGAAAAUUCACCCACAUGUCGUUCCAAGCUCCAUAAAAGCACUCCAUGUGACUUUAUUCCAAAUCUUCUGAAGUCAAAUAAGCUUUGCAUGACGAACACCAAUUGAAACGACAUGUAGGUGUUCAAAUAAUCAGUUUAUUUCUGGUUGAACUCGUCCUUCAACAUUUAUGCUGCAUUUAGUCACUGCAGGUUUGAAAGCAGGGCAUUGUGGGAUUUUUUUUUUUUUUUCAAGAUGGCAGAAUGCUCUGAAAAAUGAUGCACGUUUAUUAUUGACAAAAGCCAUCUCUGCAUGCGGAAGCGAGGGUUUGCAGGGGCGACUCUGACUUUCACUUUAUCCUUGCGUCUUGUUCGAGGAUCUUUUCUUUUCCUGCAUAGACCUGAAUGCCUACAUUCCUCCUCAGAGACGGUUUCUGUAAGGCUGAAUUCAGCUGUGUCCUUGAGGAUGAGGUUUUCCCUCCGCAGGCUUCUGCUGUUGGAAGGUCUGAGCCAGGAGCUCAGGCGCUCUUUGAUUUAUGGCUUAUCCAGUGCAGCAUGUUUGACUGGUAAGGUUAUAGAGAGCUAGGAAGCAGAACUAUUUUCUGUACCGAUCAUUCUUUUUCUUUUUUUUUUAAAGUUAAGCUUUGGUGGUUUUCAGAUUCCAGGAGUAUUGCUGUAUAAUAUAAACUCCUGGUGGGAUUUAUAACAUUUCAGUCAUAUGAUCUGACACACAAAAUGAAAGAUACAAGGCUGAGUAGUUGACCCAAAAAUGAGCAUUUUGUGAGUUACUCAACCUAAAACCUGUAUGCUGUAGUUUUUUUUCCUUGGAACACAAAAGGAGAUUUUUGAAGGAUCUUCAUGCAGCUCUUUUUAGUACACUAGCAGUUCAUAGUGACAAUGAUAGUCAAGCUCAAAAAGGACAAAACAUCACCAUAAAACCAGCAUAAUAUAAUCCCCCGGUGACGGUGGUAAGAAUUUUAAAAGUUUUUGAAAGAAGUCUCUUAUGCUCACCAAGACUGAUCAAAAAUACAGUAAAAACAGAAAAAUUCUGAAAUAUUAUUACAAUAUGAAAUAACACUUUUCUAUUUAAAUAUAUUUUAGAAUGUAAUUUAUUCCUGUGAUUAAAGCUGAAUUUUCAGCAUCAUUACUCCAGUCUUCAGUGUCACAUGGUCCUUCAGAAAUUAUUCUAACAUUCUGAUUUGGUGCACAGCAAAAUCCCCAGAGUUAAAUCAACUCUGCUUAGAGUACAUAUGGUUCCUCUUUAAAUAGUGUUAAAGUAACACUGAAGCAGAGUUAAAGUUAAUGAGAUAAUUAUGCGAUUAAUUGAUAAUUGAGCAUUAGUGAUGAACACCUGCUGUUAACAAGCAGAAUCACUGAAGAAAAGAGAAAAACAAACACUGACUUUAACUCUGCUUCAGUGUUACUUUAACACUAUUUAGAGAGGAAACAUAUGUACUCUAAGCAGAGUUGAUUUAACUCUGGGGAUUUUGCUGUGUGCUCAAGAAACAUUUAUUAUUAUCAAAGUUUAAAACAGUUGUGCUGCUUAAUAUUUUUUAUGGAAACCAAGAUUCUUUGAUGAAUAGAAAGUUCAAAAGAGCAGCAUUUAUUGGAAAUAGAAAGAUUUUGUAAUAUUAUAAAUCUUUACUGUAUCUUUUGAUCAAUUUAAUUCAUCCUUGAUGAAUAAAAGUAUUUAUUUUAUUAUGAAAAAAAAUCUUACUGACCCCAAACUUUAGGAGAGGUGCAGCAGAAGGAAAGAUUUUCCAUUAGUAAAGUUAUAAACAUUGAAUAAUUACUAGAGAUUUUGAGAUUUACACCAUUGUCACCAUGAAAAGCUGUGUGAAGAUUAUUCAAAAGCUCUUAUAUUUUGUCCCAACGAAAAGAUAACCACAUACAGGCUUGGAUUUUUUUUUUUUUUUUUAGGUGAACUUUUCCUUUAAAUCUUCAAAAUAGUUAAUAGUACCGAUGGGUCGCAGAGCCUGUUCUUCCACGAGACUUCCAUGAAAUCAGACCUGCUUCAUUCUGCCAGUGCUAUCAUUCCAUUUCCCGCUCGAUGGCAUCAGGUUUCUCCAGCAGGAUUGUUGUUGAUUUUAAACCUUUUACGAAACCAGCAAGUAUGCGUGUUUGUCCGUCCGUUGGUCCGAGUGUGUUCGUUUGUGCACCUGCUGCUGAGCCCAGUUGGCAUUCUGCAGAGACGUCAUGGCAAAAGACUGAGAGAUUGCUGUUGAAUCUUCACCAAAGAUGUCCAUUUAUUUUCCUUUUGAAGCAUUUAAACAAACGGAGACUAUUUUUAAAAAGAUGAGAAAGUUAUUGGUGCAAAGAUUGUUCAGCAUUUUACAGUUCAGCCUUGACUGAGUUUUGUUCUUUCAUAUUCACUAAUGUGUUUUUUGUUGUCUUUUAUUAUGCGGGACUGGCUUUGGGACGUGCUCGUCAUUCUCAGUAUUCUGGUGCACGGUGGAUGUACUGCUGUAAAUAUAUUGUGACCCUCUCCAAUGCCGUUACAGUAGACUCCUUGCAUAUGUAUUACUAAUUUUCAUUUUUCACUUAAAAAGCAACAUGCAAUUUCGUUUUAAGGUCUUUACUCAAAAUGCCAGGGCUGCCGUGUCCUUGCAGAGCGCGGCCAUGGUUGGUGCCGAAAUGUAUUUCUGACGGACCCAUAUGAGCGUGUGGGGAUCUGCAGUACUGUAAUGAUUAAUGACUGUAGACUUUGACUCCCUUUUGCUCUAAUAGAAACGAUUACGGCCUGAAAUUAAUGAGCACAGUCGGUUCUACAUAAAUGUGGCUCAGCAAAAAGUAGCUCUUUCUGCUGGUGACACUUUUCAAGGACGGGAGACUUAUGGGAUUUUUUUACUAAAAAAGAAUAUAUAUAUAUAUAUAUUUUCUUUCUUUUGCAUCAUCCUAAUUUUGUCUUCACCUUCUCUUCAGCUGUCAUCUUCUGUUAAGGAGGGUUUUGAUGGCGCAAGACGCCAGAGUAUGAUGUCACGAUUUUUUCUUCAUUGUGUUCUUUUGGGAAUCUGAGCCGUGUCUUAGCAAAGAGUCCUGACUUUUGUCCUCCUGGUCCUGGCCAGCCCAUUUCUAAACGUCUUGUGAUUUGGUGACUGUACAGUGGAGUCCGGCGGUGGUCCAGCUCGAUCUCGGUCCACCCCGUCUUUUGCCUGUCUUUCGUAAUAUCCACAUGGGUCACCUGCAUGAGCUACUUCACCGAAACUGCACCCAGCAUGACGACAUACUUUAAAAAAGGACUUGUAUGUAGAAAAAGGAACAAAAAAAAAUAGAUCUAUACAUAAAAAAAAAUAAUGAAAUAAAAAAGAUCUUAGUUUACCUUUGCA